CUGUUUUGUCACUCGUGACCAAAUUGAAGUCCUGUGAUUGAAGCCUGUGUCGGCGACUCCGGGCGUAAGCAAGUGUUUCCGCUAUGUUUCUUCUCAGCGAUAACAGUUCAUCUGAGUGACUGCCUUACUCACCUGAACUGAUGGAGCCUGGACCAGAGAUCAGGACCACGCCUGCAUCAGGUGCCAUCUCCCCUCCAAGUCCUGAGUACUUCCAGUGGGAUCUUCGCAUCAGGCUUAUUGGCCUUGGCUUUGUCUUCUACACCGCCAUCUUCCUCCUCUCCCACAUAUUGUCUCUGACACUUUCCCGCACGUACAAGUCCUUACUGGCGAAAGAGCAGGUCUUCUGGAACCUUGCAGCAACUCGUGCAGUGUUCGGGAUCCAGAGUACCGUGGCUGGUUUGCGAGCACUGACUGAAGAUUCGGUGCUAACUAAAGACAGAGUGAGGGGCCAAGAGGACUGGUCGUGGUUCAAUGUCCUCACCGCCACAGGUUUCUUCGUGUUCGAGAAUGUGGCACUUCAUUCCUCCAGUGUUGCCUUUAGAACCUUUGACCUCCCUCUGGCCACACAUCAUUUCUUCGCGUUGUCAGGAUAUGCUGGAGCCGUGGUUUGGGACUCUCUGGGUCACUUCCUUCCUAUGGUUACGCUUCUGCUUGAGAUGAGCACACCGUUCACCUGCAUAUCCUGGAUGUUACUGAAGGCCGGCUGGGCUCACACUCUGCUGUGGAAGUCCAACCAGUGGGUGAUGAUCCACAUGUUCCACUGUCGCAUGGUGCUGACUUACUACAUGUGGUGGGUGAGCUGGAGUCACUGGGGGGAGUACAACACUCAUGUGGCGCUUCCCCAGCGCCUGCUCUUCUUCACGGGCCUGGCUCUGCUCACCGUCCUCAUCAAUCCCAUCUGGACGCACAAGAAGACCAUGCAGCUGCUCAACCCCGUGGACUGGAACUUUGGGAACAAGCCAGCACCGGCAAACGGUUCCGCACGCGGUCGAGCCCCAGUCAAACAUCAUGCUAGCUGAAAGUGUUCUGUUGAAGUUCAACAUCUGAAUAAUGACUUUAAUUACGGUGUCUCAUUAAUAUUGAAUUAAUAGUGUGUUGAGGGUGUGUGGUUUGAGGGCGUUCAGACAAGGUUCGGUCUGAAUGUGCUUGAUAUGUUCAAUUUUACAUCUGUGACAUUAGGCUGUGUUAAACAACACAAGGAGGUUUUGCUUUCUCUUAGCCUCAGUCCACACAUGCAUGACUGCAUUCAGAUCCAUUUGCCGGUACGUUGCUUUAACUGUGAAUUCAGAUGCUGACAGAUAUGCUCAGAACUAGUCUUUGUUCUGCAUGGAAAAUGAGCUAUAUUUUUAACCAUGCCUAUCGCCUUGCAGAACUUCCACAAGAGGCUCAUGUAAAAAAAAAAAAAAAAAAAAAAAAAGUAACUUCAUCAGCGUUGUCUCUACAGACGGGAGAGAAAAGUGUGUCGGUCCUCUGUCAUCUCUUUUUUUUAGUUAUCAAAUUUUUAAGUGGCACUAUAGCUCAUGGAAUAGUUGUUUUUUUUAUUAUCUUGCUAUUGUAUUUUGCUCAUAUUUAUGUGUUCUUAUGUUUACAGUGCUGCCAUGCCUCCAGCACAGGGCUUUUUUAUUGUGUUUUUUUUGGCUGAUCCUUCCAUUCUGAAGUUUUAAGUCAAAAUAUGCACAUUUUUAUUUCAGAAUCUGUUUGCAUGUGGACUGGACCUCACUGUCACUAGAUGAAGUUGCAGUAUUAAUUCAUUAGCUCACAUUAUAAUCAAAAGCACUGUCAUGUCUUUUUUUAUAUUAAGUAGUACAACUCCCUGUUUGAACUGAGCGGAGUGGAAAUUAGGGUUUAAACCCCUGGAUACUGAGAAUGGUGUGAAGAGUUACAUGGCUGUUCUGAAGAGAGAAUAAUGUUGAAAUGUUUGUGAGACUGGGAAGAGCUGACAGUAGAACAAAUGCUUGUUGAUAAGAAUGUACAUUUCAGUUUUUGCUGUGUAACAUUUUGAUUGAGGUUUAAAUAAAAUGUUUGCUAUUUUGUUUGGUUACAACAAUUUGCUCUUACUUCUUCCUCUUUAAACACUUUCGUAGCUCCUAUUUCUUGCUUUUUUCCGUGACAACUUGGUGGAUAGCUGUGUGAUCAAUGACUUCACAAAUGCCAUCAGACUUGUAAUAGAAGGGACUUUUCUUGCUUAGCUUCACAGUAUGAUCAUUUUUCGAAUCACCACAUUUGAACUUUCCAUGUUGAAUUUAGUUUGUAUUGUACUGUAAAAUAAUAAUAAGUAAUCGUGCUGAACCCACGUUAACGUCACGAAACCAAAGCUCUUGGAAGUUAAAGGUUUAAUAUUUAAAUCAAAGUGGCGCAUACGAUGUAGUUCUCAUGUUAAUCGAAGCUCAAAUUGAUAUUCAAGUCCAGACAGCUGUUGGAUGGG